AUAUAUUCCCCUAUCAAAUCCUUACUCCAAUGCACUUCAAUUCUUUCAUUCCUAGCCCAUAGAUUUUCCUUCUCUCUAUAAAAAGUUGUCUUCGGUUCUUUGGGUUUCUUUGUUGUUUUGCAGUAUCAAUGGGGUCCAAAGGAUUUCUUGGUUGUCUGUUGUUUGUGAUUGUGUUGUCUUUUCUCAUCUGUUCAACUCAGGGUUACAAGUUCUAUGUUGGUGGCAAAGAUGGUUGGGUUGUUAGCCCUUCCGAGAACUACAAUCAUUGGGCUGAAAGGAACCGAUUCCAAGUCAAUGACACUCUCUUUUUCAAAUACAAGAAAGGUUCAGACUCGGUGCUCUUGGUACCAAGAGAAGAUUACGACUCCUGCAACACCAAGAACCCAAUACAAUCCUUGACAGAGGGUGAUUCGAUCUUUACAUUUGAUCGUUCAGGUCCCUUCUUCUUCAUCAGUGGCAACGCUGAUAACUGCAACAAAGGACAAAAACUCAUCGUUGUGGUCAUGGCUGUAAGGCGAAAACCCCAGGAACUUCCUCCUUUUCCGUCUCCCUCAUCUGUUGUACCAGCAACAACGCCAGUUUCUCCGCCUCCUUCCCCUGUUCCUAAGACUAACCCUCCACUGGAGUCACCAACGAGCAGCGAGGCGCCAGCGGAUUUGGAUGCUCCGGUACCGGUUCCAUCAGAGCAAAAAUCUGGUUCAUUGGGAUUAGUCCGUUCUACUUGGCUAGUGUUGGGUUCUAGCAUUUGGUUGAGCAUUGUCAUGGGCAGUUUGUGAGGUCCUUGGGACAACAAAGUAGU